AAGGCGACAUGUGGCAAACAUGUGGAUGAUGAUAAGCCAAGAGGACAAAGAGCUAUCCAUCAUCAAUCACAAUAAUAUCCAUUUAUGUGAAGUGGACCAAAAAGAGAGAGAGGAAGCGAAGUUACAGUCCUCAAAAUAGAGACGAAACAUCCUAAUCCCUCAACUCUCUGAGAGCUUCAAGACUUCACUGGAAACGCAGCCAUUGUCCCCACACUUCUCUCUAUAAGGCUUUUACGAGAGACUCUCUUCCAAAGCAAAAACAGAACCCAUAAACGAUGCGUUUGCUAGCAGCACAAGUUGCAGCUUCACCAUUGUCCUCUGCUUCUCCAGCAUGUAACUCCCAUACUUGCAGAUGGAAGCCUUACUCCGACUCUACUGACUUCCAAGCAAACGCAUCCGUCCUCCUCAUCCUUCUCGUCUCUGCUCUCAUCUGUGCUCUCUCUCUCUACGCUGCAAUUCGUUGCUUUCUCCGGCCAACUCUCGAGACUGACGACGAAGACCACAAGCCUGAUCCUGAGGCGGAUGUUUCAUCCACCAUACCAACUCCUACGCUUGUCUACUCCUCCGACCUUGAGCUUGCAGGAGCAGAAGCAGAGUGUGCCAUUUGCUUGUCCGAAUUCGAGCAAGGCGAGAGUAUCCAAGUGCUGGAGAAAUGUCAUCAUGGGUUCCAUGUCAAGUGUAUCAACAAGUGGCUCUCUUCCCGCUCCUCCUGUCCUACUUGCCGGACUUCUAUCUUCUCACAACAACACACCUUAGACUCUGCACCAUCAACGGAAACUCCUCCAAGCCAGAACAAUACUUAGUAGCUUUACUCUGAUUCUUCUCCCACUUUUUCUUCUUCUUUCCAAAGCUUAGACUUUUUCGUUUUCUCGUUAAAUCCAAAGCUUAGACUUUUAUCA